AUGCUCCACACAAAACCACGCAAGAUCCAAAAGAAUGGUGCCGAUCAACCAUGCAUAUUUGUCCAUGCCGGUGCUGGUUAUCACAGCUUGCAGAAUGAAAGGAUCCACCUCCAGGCCUGCAACGAUGCUGCAAAAGCGGCCAUGGUAGUCUUGCGUACUGGUGGGACUGCUCUUGACGCUAUCGAGAUCGCUAUUAAGGUUCUGGAAGAUCGUGAGAUAACCAAUGCUGGCUAUGGAAGCAAUCUUGCGGUAGAUGGAAUUGUCGAGUGUGAUGCUACCAUUGUCGAUCAUUUUGGUCGUAGUGGAGCUGUAGGUGCUGUCUCACAAAUAAAGAACCCAAUCUCAUUGGCUCGCGUACUCCUGGACCGCAGCACUCAACUGCUCUCUCUACGUCGAGUACCUCCAAAUUUGCUGGUCGGCCAGGGUGCCAUUGAGUUCGCUGCAAGCGUGGAUAUGCCAAUUCUACCUUACGAUGCUCUGGUCUCUCCUGCUGCCAAAGAACGCUGGUUGAAGUGGAGAAACGACCUCAAUACCGUUGAGAAGAACAAAAGAAACUCUGCGCCACAAACCCCUAGCUCGCUCACGGCGAUAACACCUAAGCACUUGCUGGGUUUUGAUUCAGAAGACCGUGUGCGGGAACAGAUGCGCCGAGCACAUACACGUGCCCUCGAAUCUGGAGUCUGGAACGAAGCACAACCCAUUACGCCCCUCCCAUCAUCAGAUUCCCUUACUCUACCAGGUCAUGCUCUUAAAGCCCCGACCAACGGCUUGCAAGCACCUACUCCUACCAGAGUCCCUACCGGGUAUCCUGCAGAGGCGCUCAUGACCUAUUCUGAUCCUUAUGGUCCGCCGGGUCCCCGUCCAGUCUACAGCAGCUCUCCUCUGGCCACAAAUGGCCGCGGAGUCAACGACGGUCACUACUCAGGUGACUACUUUGCAGAGACCUUCUCGUCGACCGACACGAUGCAGAUAGACCACUAUCAGAAUUUGUCUGAACUAUACAGCUCGCGUUAUAGUGAUCGCCAUGAUGGUUCUUCAGGCGACUCAGGGCAGGAGUCUGGUUCGACGUCAUCCGAGUCCUUGCAAUUACCAUCAAUUACACCAAGUCCAGAACUUCAGCCCACUUUGACAGGCUUGCCUACUCUGGAGGGCACUGACGUCCAGUCUAUGGAGCCACCGUCGUCCGAGCCAUCAGAUUCAAUCCCACCCCCACCUCUCUCCGCGCCACGUAUAGGCGAGGAAGAUCACAUUACAGAUACUGUGGGUGCCAUCGCUAUCGACAGCUAUGGAAACAUUGCUUGUGGUGCAUCAUCAGGAGGUAUCGGCAUGAAGCAUCGUGGUCGUAUUGGACCCGCUGCUCUGGUUGGUAUUGGAUCUGCCGUCAUACCAGUCGAUCCAGAUGACAAGGAUCGGAACACAGUCGCUGCGGUGACGAGUGGAACGGGCGAGCACAUGGCCACUACCAUGGCCUCUACAGUGACAGCCGAGCGUCUCUUCUACAGCGUGAAGAAGACUCCGACUGGAAUUGUCGAGACUGAUGAUGCUGAUGCAAUCAAAUCGUUUAUCGAACGUGACUUUAUAGGACACCCGAGUGUCAAGAACAGUCACUCAGCAGGCGCCAUCGGCGUUUUAGCUGUGAAGAGAACGCGCGAAGGAAUAUAUCUACACUUUGCUCACAACACAGAUUCAUUCGCAUUGGCAUCGUUUCAUGGAUCAGAAACGAAACCUACUUGCACCAUGUCUCGUAGUACAGGUAACGGAGCCAUUGCUCAAGGCGGUCGUGCAAUCAGGUUCAAGGCCAGCAGGAAAAAUGCUUGA